AUGAAGCGACUGCAAGCAGCGACAGUCCAUCCCACGCUGCCCUCACAGGCUAAAGUCUAUGGCGGGAGGAGACCGGGGCCUCCACCUCAGGGCACAAAGAAAACAAAAAAAGCGAUCUCCCACAAAAGAGGCCCUCCCGGGUUGGGAGCUACCAGGGGCAUGCCCCGCAAGCGUCGACCACACCAGUGGAAAGAUGCCACACGAAGACCCAUGCAACGUUACACAACUCACUGUCACUUCCCGACAGGGACGACCAAGGGUCACAACGGAUCCCAGGUCAGUGGCAAGAGGGCGCUAGCACCCAGGGGGUGCCAGAUAAGAGGACCGGGGGUCUACUACGACCACCGAGUGCACGCAAGCAAGACGCCUGGCCCACAACAGGAGGGGAGCAACACUGCUGCUUCAAAUUGCCCUACUGAUCGAGCUCACCUACCAGGCCUGUACCCAAUCAGUGGAAAAGCGGCAGAGGCUCCUAAACGGGACUGUAACAUACCACAGGCAGGAGUUGGCUGA